CUAGCCUCUCAUUUUCUCACAUCCCAUUAUCUAACUUAACUCACGGCUGAUCACUCAAGGGUCUCUCGGUAUAUUCCUCCAUCACGGUAAGGAUGUGCAGAGCUACCAAGGGGGAAAGUGGUCCGCUGUAGCAACAGAUAUAUAACACCGCCUACAAUCUCGUCAAAAACAGGUUCUUGUGUAUUCCAGCCCAUCAUUUCUUCUCUAUUCUUGACAACAUCGUUCUGGUCUGUGACCUACUAAGCUAUCCUUAUCUUACAUCCUUGUUGUUUGAGCUGGCCUCGUUCGUUAUAAAAGACUUGAAGUCGUUACCAUUCUUUCUCAUCCCUCAGAUCAAGCAACUUUUUCUGUCACUACCUUGAACAAACCGCCAAAAUGAAGACUGGUUUCAUCGCUUUCGCCAUUGCCGCCGUGGCUCCCCUUGCCAUGGCUCCCCUUGCCAUGGCUCUUCCUUUCCCUCAGGCCGCCCCUGGAGGCUUCUUCCCUCCUCCUUCUAUGAACGGCACUCAGCCUGGAAACCAUGGCCACUAUGGCGGCGGUCAGAAUGGAGGACCUGGUAGUUGGUUGCCCCAGCCUGGCAACGGCCAGCAGCCUGGUGUUCCUACUUCCGGACCUACCCCUAUCCCUACUCCUCCUCCCAUGGUUCCUGUCCCUCCUCCUUCUGCUUCCACUCCUCCUGCUGUCCCUCAGCCCCCUCCCGCUGCUCCUACUGAGCCCAUCGUGGCCCCAACCCCUACUCCCGUUGCCCGCAAUUAAGGGUCAUGGUGACAACUUGUCGAACAAAGUUUUCAGAUACGCAUAUAUGAUCGUACAUAAAUGAAGGAAUGAGGGGCCUAGGCUAGAUUUCUUACCAAUGAAUAGAAUGCCGCAAGUCGGUGAUCAACCACU